AUGUUCAACAUAGAUGAUAACAAAUCGCAUGGCCCUGAUUGUUUCUCUUCAACUUUCUUUAAGUCUCACUGGCAAGUGGUGGGCUCUUCGGUGGUUACUGCGGUGCAGUUUUUCUUUGCUCAUGGUUAUAUUCUGAAAGAGUGGAAUUGUACUUUUCUGAAUUUCCAGAAUGCUUUUGUUCCGGAGAGGCUUUUAUCCGACAAUGGCUUAAUAGCUCACGAGCUUCUUGCUUUUAUGAAUGCUUCGACAGCUAGAAAACACUUUUAUGCAGCUUUUAAGUUGAACAUGAACAAGGCUUAUGACCGUGUUCGUUGGGAUUUCUUAUUCCGGGUUUUGCGGUUGUUUGGUUUUCCUUCAUAUUGGAUUCACAUUAUUCAACAAUGUGUUUCCACAAUGUCGUAUCAGGUUUUGGUCAAUGGGAAUCCUUCGCCGAGCUUCAAGCCUCAAUGUGGUCUUCGACAAGGCGAUCCUCUUUCUUCAUAUUUGUUUGUUCUUUGUAUGGAUGUUCUUCCUAUUAUGUUGCAUAAGGAGGAGGAGCAAGCACUUUUUCAGGGGAUUCGUAUCUCCCGAGGAGCUCCUUCCAUCUCACACUUGUUCUUUGCAGAUGAUUCGUUGUUGUUUUUUCAGGUUUCUCCUUCGGCUUAUGGUCGGGUUCUAGAUUUGUUGCAGGAGUUUUAUGCUAUGUCUAGUCAAAUGAUUAAUUUGCAGAUGUCUUUUGUCAAGUUUAGUCCAAAUACUCCCUCUGACUACCGAGAUCAUCUAGCUAGCUGCUUACGUCUUCGAAGCACUGAAAAUCAAGGAUCCUAUCUCGGUUUUCUAGUAGAUUUGGGACGUAAAAAGGUUUCUGAUUUUCAAUUUCUGGUGGACAAGAUUGGCAUGGACACUAUUGCCAAGGGUAUUGCUUGGAAAGUUGGCUCUGGCUCUCAGGUUCGCAUAGUUGAAGAUGAUUGGGCUCCAAGGGGACCAGUACAAUUCAAACAUUCUUACGAUGGGUCAGAUGUUCCGACUUAUGUUUCCUCUAUUAUUAAUCUGCGUUCUUACGCGUGGGAUCCUUCACUGGUUCACCGGUUCUUUGUUAACAUGAUGGCAUUCCGGAUUCUUUCAGCAAAACGCCUUUUAAAGCCGAUGGAUGACUUUUUGUAUUGGAAGUUUACUCGGGAUGGCCAAUUUUCAACCAAGUCUGCCUACGCUAUGUUAGCCCGUCAAGUAGCGGCUUCGAGUAUCAAUGGGCAGGCUUCUAAUUCAUGGUGGAAGAUUUUCUGGGGUUUACCACUUCUUCCGAAGCUGAAGGUUUUUUGUUGGAAGAUGAUUCGCAAUGCUUUGCCGCUUUUGGAUUGUCUCUAUCGGCGUGGUUUACCUAUCAAUCCAACGUGUGUGUUCUGUCAUAGGGAACCAGAAACGUCGUCUCAUCUCUUUCGGGACUGUGCUUUCGCUAGUACCUUCUUGGUUUCUCGACCCUCAGGCUCGAUUGGUAGUACUUUGGGUUUUCCGCCGUUUGAGGUUUAG